UGAAUAAUUAACAUUAGUGACACUUGUUGAUAUAAAUAAAGAAACAAUAACUUUAUUGAUAAAGUUUGAAUGGAGACUUUUGUUUUGGGCUCUGUCAGCCUGCGGUGUGCCGACACCGCUGCCCCCUGGUGGCGACAGGAGGAACAGCAGAGUAACGUCGCCGCUGCAGACCACGCUGACCCGUGGAUGACCUCAGGGGAAUGGACAGAAAAACCGCGUAAAAACAAAACGAGCCUCGGUCCCGUCCGCUUGGAAGAGAAGGGACAUGUUCUCAUAACCUGUUAGAGGGGCCUGUGCGCGCUGGGGCGGAUGGAUCCAGGAGUUUGGGAGGAGCAGAGAUUCCAGCAGCCUUUUGUCUCUCCUCCUCUCUGCUCCUCCUCUGAAGUGGAUGAAGAAAUGUGGUGCUACCAGAAACCAGGGUUUGAAGCUCUCCUCCUCGCUGAGCUGCAGAGACAGCAGCAGCGCAGCCAGUUCUGUGACACUCUGCUCAAGGCAGAAGGUGUUUCGGUGCCAGCACACAGUUGCGUUCUCUCAGCGAUCAGUCCCCUUGUGUCCUCCUCCACGCCAGUGCCGCCUGCAGGACAGAGUCAUCUCCUGGAGUUUCAGACUCUUGAUGCCUGCACGCUGCUCCGCAUGGUCAGACUGCUGUAUUCCGGAGAGAUGGCAGGGGAGGGGGAGAAGGAGAAGCAAGAGGCUAUUUCCGCUGCAGCCAAUCUGGGCAUCCACGGGCUGGUGGAGGUCACGAGAAGAGAUCAUAAAAGCAGAGACGAGGAAGGAGGAGGCCGACAUGUGGAGGUGGGCGUUCAGACAGAGCCGAUGAUGGUGGAGGAUAACAAGAGGAAGCGGGUCAAGUGGAGGAGAGAGGUGAGGGAUGGGUGCACUUUGCUGUGGAAGGAGACACAGUCAUAUAGUGAGAAAGACAUGUGGACACAGACAGAGGAGGUGCAGGGAAGCACAGCUCCUUCUACUCACUCUGCAACCUCCAUUGAAACCGUUGACAUGGCUGCUCUCCAGAAUGCAGAACAGACAGACUCCCAAAUUCUCCCCUCUCAAAUUCCCCACAUUCCCAUAUCCCUCCUCUACCUGCCAGAAAACCAACCUUCCUCUGCAUCUGCGUCCAUGCAAGACUCCACAGCAGCUGAACCCACAUCUGGUGCUGUUGCGGUGCCGCCGUACAGCUCCGUCCCCCUGUCUCUCCAGCCUUUCUCCACCCUGUGUGCCACUGAUCUUAAGAGAUGGUGCACUGCCACUCAAGUAGCAGCCAGAGAUGCCACAGAGGGCGAGGAGUGGCAGGACGAGCAGUUAAAGCGUUUCCAAGGCAACAUCCCAGGAUUCAUAAACUCCUUCCUCAACCCAGACAAAGAGGAGGGCUCCCGCAGGGGGCGAGCGGGGCGGAGGCGUGGGGCAGGGGUGGGGAGGCCAAGGAGAGCCAGGGCAGCUGAGAGACGAGCGGGGAGACCACGAGGCAGCACAGGAGGGAGAUGGAGGGGACGGUUAACGCAGACAGUGGACGUGCAGCGGGUCGGGGUGAGCAAGGUGCAGAAGCUGUUCCUGCAGAGGUGGGGGAGGAGGUCAACGAGGACGGGUCAGGGUGGAGGAGCUGCAGGCAGGAAGUUGUACCUGAAGACAAGAGCGUUUCUGAGGUCGGCCGAGAGCUAUCGCAGAAGUAGAAGUCGCGGCAAAGUGUUGGAGUUCAGUCAGAGUGAAGAGAUGCUGCCACACAGUCAGGCAGGAGGAGGAGUUUCCACACAGCUUGGACAGAGGACCCCAAUGCAAAAGUUUAAACAGGACGGGCUGCCUGGCAGCGGGACUCGGAGCUCGAGGGCCAAGUCAACAACAUCUUUUACUCCCGUUCACUUCUGCAACAUUGACACCUUAUCCAGCCCCCACCUCCAGCCUUCUCCGUUUCCUGUCCUGCAGUCUCCUGCAGCCUCCUACAUGCCUCCAGCUUCAUCCCUCCUCCACACCACCUGCCUCCCUGCUCCGGAGCCGCCACCCCACGAAGAGCAGCCGGAGCAAAUCAAUUGUCUCCUGGAGGAAGUGAUGAUGGGACUCGACAUUUUACCAAAGAGCAGCAGUGUUCGUGGUUCACGGCGUCCUCGACCAACCAGGGGCAGCAGCUGUACCUACGUCUCCUCUGGGAAUAGUUUGGCCCAAAACAAACAACAGGUCUGCACCACUGGCCUCCUGGAAGCUUUUCAUGGGUCUGCGCAAGUUGCCGCUGUGACAAGUGAAGCCAGCCCUUCCUCUUCUGCACAAGGUGAGGUACCUGUUCUGCAGCAGCAGGGAGAGGGAGAGAUGAACGAUAUGCUGGAACACUUCCUUCAUUCGUUUGAGGAACACGUUGAAAACUGUCGUGCCAGGGAAGAGGAAGAGACAAAUGGUGAAAUCUCCACUGAGCCGAGCAAGUCUUCCCCAGUCCUGAACAAUCACAGAAAAACUAAGACCAAGACACAAAAUCCCGUCAUACGCCCUCAAACUGAAUCCCAUCAGGGUGAGGAAGCUGAAACACCUCCUAGUCGUUCACAGCCACACAAGGCCUCAGCUCAUAGUCCCGCUCCCCUAGAAAGUGCUGAGGAAACUUCAGGGAACCACAGAACACAGAGAAAACAAGGAUACAAGAAAAAACAAAAGCAAUAUCUCUUGUCAUUAGAGAAAAGGAGGGUGAGGAGGAAGCCGGUGCCGAUGAGUGAUGCAGAGAUUAAGAUCCUUCACGACCUCAGAGACAGACAGCUCCAGCAGAUUCCUGUGGUGAAACUGGAGUGGAGAGGACCGAUACCAGUGAGAGUAAUGCUGCAGGAAAACAGCUGUCAACGUCUGGAAGUCAAGAGUCCAGCAAAAAGAAAAAUCAGUUCAUCAUCAGAAAAACACCUUCAUGACUCAUCUAAGAAGAAUAAAUCAGAGUUGCAGAGCAGAAAGACUUAUCCCAUCAGGAGUAGGUUUAGGAAAGCAGAUAUCAUGGAUAGUGUGCCCUUGCUCUACAAGCCACUUGUAGACAAACCAACCUCAGCAGGUUCCAGUCGAGGCAGGUCCAAGGAAAACGGACAACAUGUAAGUUUACCUCAUGAUGGGAUUUCAAAACCUGUGGAGCCCUUUGCCACGAAUGAACAACUGGAGGAAAACCAAGAGAGACAUGAGGUAGAGUUGACUGUCAAGCCACAGGAAGGGGAAGAGGAACCUACAAGGAGGGGGAGGAAGAGGAGAGCUGAGCCAGGGGGGGAAACCCGCGUUGACGCCACUGUUGCCAAAAGGAUUUGCUUUGAGCCAAUGACACAGCCGACCUCUGAAACAUGCAUACACAGCUCUGGAUCUGCCAACCUACACUCUGAACAAACAAACACAGGGGCAGAGGAAGUGAUUGAUGUGGAGAGUGUUUCGCUGACUAGUGUAGGAGGCUUUUUGGAUAGGGAAGAAAAAGGAGAAAUCAAAGUCAGUGAAACAGAGGAAGGUUCGAUGUACGAAGUGGCAGAGAGCAGCGCUGAUGAGAUCAUCGAUGUGGAUGGAGACACUGACGGUGGAACCAACCUGGAGAACGAUACAGGCGGCUGCAGAGAAGAGGCGGGAAUAGGCAGAACAUUACCAUUUCUGUCGCACUGUGUUUCACCUCCUUCACCUUCGGCACAGGAGGGCAGCACAGGGUUAACAGGAAGCCGGGAAGAGGAGGACAUCGAUGUGAUUGGGGAUUCCAGCCCCUUACCUGAGCCGGUGAUCAUCAGCUGGACGGAGUCUUCAGACAAGGAGGAUGGAGACGAGGACAUUGACGUUGUUGGAGAAAAGACAGACUACGCCUCAUCAGUGGUCUUCGCUAUUGUGAAUAAAGGUGAGCUUGUAAGUUAGAAAACACAGUGAGGUACCCUCCCAUUAGAAUCUGUGACGUCCAGCCCUGUGCAAAUAGACAGAGGUGUCGUUUUAUUUUCUUAUCGUCUGCUUCUGUUUGUUAUUUCUUACAUUUCUCAGAAAAUAUUUCUGAAUUGUUUUUAUGUAGCUGUGAGUAAAGAGAGUGAAUAGUGAUAGAGAUUAAGACGAACAUGGUUUCAUCAUAAAUAUUUUAUUUGUAACGUCUUAAGCUUUUUCUGUUCUUCAUCUGACAAUCACACGAGGGAUUUUUGUUUUCAUAAGGAAAACUGUGAGCGACUUGUUCGUGGUUUGUUCGGAUUGAAAACCAGAUAAGUUUGGUAAAGACGUAAAGAGAAAGAGUUGCAUCAUUGUGCAUACAAAUGCUGAACUGAUCAACCAAACCAGGACUUUAUCGUUUGUGUGCAGAGAUUUAGUGCGUGCUUGGAUUGUUCUUUCUUUGUACUUUAGCUGUUGUUUUUAUAUAACAAGUUUCAAGCUUGUUGCUUCUAGGUUUGAUAAUUUGUUGCUGUUAAACAAAUAUGUUCAGAAAAGUUUGUUUUAACUGUCGAGUGUUGAAAACAACACAAACCAAACGUGUUUUAUUCGUUGUAAAUAUAACUGUGACUGUAUUCUGUUGUAAAUAUGAUUGAUAAUGUUCACCUGUGUUCUGCUACAGUUUGUAAAUGUUCCAGGAAAACUCUUGUCUUCCUUGUUUUACUGUUAAGUCAUGUUUGACCUCGACCUUUUCAACGAUUUGACCUCGAGUCUCGGACUCUGAUUUCUAAAAUAAAGAUUUAUCUUUUUUUCA